AUGUCUCCUAGUUUUCUUUACUCAUUUGAUCUGGAUAAUAAUAAAGAGUUAUUAAGUAGAUGUCAAAGAAACAGGGCACCUUUGUUUGGUUAUUUGUUACCAGCUAUUGGAUUUGGUUUUGAUUUACAAAUUAAAUUAGGUAAAAGAGAUUACGUUAGCAGUUGUCGACAAACUUAUUCCUACGAGUAUGGUUUGCUUGGAGGCAAGGAUGAACAUAAUCAAAAUAUUCAAAGCAGUAAAAAUAUGAAUAUGUCGCGAAGAUAUCAACUCAUUGUUCCAAAACGCUGUGAACCACCGCCAGAACCUGAUGCGACUAAACUUAACUUUGCUUAUCCAAGAAAUUUAUGGAAUACUUGGAUAAAACUCGAACAAGAAAAUUUAGAAAUCAAGAAUCGGCUGCUGCAAUUAGACGGCACAGCGUUAUCCCAAUACCGUCAAUUACAUUCAUACGAACUCGCACAAUUGUGUAAUCUCUGUCCUGUAGAAUUGGAUGAAGCGAAAAUGAUGAUUCCAUCACUAGCGGGAAAAUUUUCAGACGAACAAAUACGUGAAAUGAUUGAUCUGCUUAAGCUUUAG